GGUCAAUUCUCUUGACUCACCUUGUAACGUUUAAUAUAUAUAUAUAUUUCAACUCCCAAUCUUUCUUCUUUCUUGUUUCCCUCCCGUUCAUAUCAUCUCGACAACAACUAUCUACACUCUUAUCAAUCCUGUCAUAUCAUACAACUCAACGCCUCAAAGAUCGGCACUAUAACAUCAACACCAUUGGAUAACAUCAUUCAAGCCAACAGCAGCUAGCCUACCUAGUCAUUCAUCAGUCUAGCAGCUCUCCAAACUUGAUUUAAGAUCUUGUCGACAUCCGCUAGUCAUUUCGACUCUAUUCAAUCUACUCUUAACCAACUUAAACCAUCACUUACAUCACUACAUUUUGAUACCAACAAUCACCAUGGCCACUACCGUCCAACAACAAGAACCGCACAAGACCGGCUUUCUCGACCUCCCAGUUGAGAUUCGUCUGGAAAUUUACGAUCAACUUCUCCUCACAGCGCCAUACACCCGAUGUGGUCGACCAUGCCCUGAGCAAAAAGUCCACGCUUCUCUCCUCCGCACCAACCGCCAGAUCCACGAUGAAGCUACAGAUCUUCUCUACGGCUGCAAUACAUUCCUCUCUCAUCCCACACUACUCACCUCAUUCCCUCGCCUCCGAAACUGGUAUGGCCCCGUCAAGGAGUCCUCCAUCAUCCCAAGCAUCCGCCGCUUUCACACCCAAGUCCGUCUUGACGUCGAUCUCCCCUACGACGCCGAUGCUGUGACAAAAGCUUACAGCGGACUUGACGAGCUCACCAUUGACGUUGUUCAGUCGAUGUUUCUUGGCGUCGGAUAUCGCAAUCUACGCAUGUUUGAGGGUGUCAGGGGCGUCAAGAAGGUCAAUGUCACUGGCAGCACGACUGGCUUCGAGGACUACGUUGAAUGGCUCAAGAUGUCCAUGAUGACUGAACCUGGCGUCGAGGUCCCAGAGUAUCAGCCUCAACAGCAAGCAGGUUGGAUUCAGAGAUUGGCUACUGCUCACUAUUAAGCUGCUUACUCUGCUCUCUUCCCCCAUUCACCGAGUCUACUCCGGUGUAUGAGUUUACUAUAUUUGAAGCAACGGCGAACAAAAUCAUUAACGAAUGUGAUGAAUCUGUCUAUUAGUUUAGACUUUGGAGUUUUGGUAAUUCAACGGGCGUUGGAAAAUGGGAAUUUGAUUUAGAGAUUCCCACUGCGCAUAAUGAAUAGGCGCAUCAGAUAAACUCUAAUUGUUAUCUAUAUUUGUGGCAUUUUAUGCCUAAUAGAAAUAUUCCUGUCAUAAUCCUAAGAAUUUCGUGUCAGACUCUCGCUGAUUCUAAUUAAAUUAUAACGAUAUUCUUUAUUCUAUGUG